GAGGCGCCGGUGACUAAUGGGUAAUGAAGCUGUCACUCUGGCACCUACUUGUUGGGUGUUCGUGCAGUGCGGGCGCGCAGAGAGCGAGCCGAGCUGCCUGCGAGCCAGCGCUGCUGCUGCGGGAGCGCUCUGGGCGGUCCGCGCUGACAGCCCAUGCCCUGCACCUCUCGGGGCGCUGGGGAAAGCUUCCCGGGCAGCGGCGGAGCCUCCGCCGUGUGCAUGUAAAGACCUUCGCCGUCGAUGCUCCGAGCCGCGGCCGGUCCAUGGCUGGUUUCCUCGCCCGUCUCUGAUAGCACCAUUCGGCUCGGAGCAGCAGGCAUGCUGGGGUCUAGCAGGCGGCACUGGGCUCCCCUCACAGCAGCACUGAGCCUGGUGCUGCUCCUAACUUUGUGGGUGCAGGUGUCCCAAUCCACGGGCUAUUUCGAGCUGCAGCUUAACUCGGUGAAGAAUGUAAACGGAGAAUUGUUGAAUGGGGAAUGUUGUGAUGGCAUGAAAAGUCCCCAGAACCUGAACUGUACCCGGGAUGAAUGUGAUACUUAUGUGAAAGUUUGUUUAAAGGAAUAUCAGGCCAAGAUCACUCCCAUUGGACCUUGCAACUACGGAUCCGGAUCUACCCCAGUUCUCGGUGGAAAUACUUUUUAUUUGAACAGCAACAAAUAUUCUCAUCAGGGCAAAAAUCAUGACGCGGGCAGGAUUGUUAUACCUUUUCAGUUUGCAUGGCCGAGAUCAUUCACGUUAAUAAUAGAAGCUUGGGACUGGGAUAACGAAACAAAAAAUGAUGAAGAGCUGUUAAUAGAGAGAGUGUCGUAUGCUGGUAUGAUCAACCCUGAGGAUCGGUGGAAGACCCUACCAUUUAAGGGGCAUGUAGCUCAUUUUGAAGUGCAAAUAAGAGUGAAAUGUGAUGAGAAUUACUACAGCACACGGUGCAAUAAAUUUUGUGGACCUCGUAAUGACUUUGUUGGUCACUACACGUGUGACCAAUAUGGAAACAAAGCCUGCAUGGAAGGUUGGAUGGGAGAAGAAUGUAAACAAGCUGUAUGUAAACAAGGAUGUAAUUUACUCCAUGGGGGUUGCAGUGUACCUGGGGAAUGCAAGUGUCAUUAUGGUUGGCAAGGACAGAUCUGUGAUGAGUGUGUCCGCUACCCAGGUUGUGCUCAUGGGAGCUGUAAAGAACCAUGGCAGUGUAAUUGUGAAACCAACUGGGGUGGUCUGCUGUGUAACAAAGAUUUAAACUACUGUGGAAAUCACCAUCCAUGCUUGAAUGGCGGAACCUGUAUGAACACCGAACCAGAUGAAUAUCACUGUGCUUGCCCAGAUGGUUAUUCUGGAAAGAAUUGUGAAAUUGCUGAGCAUGCUUGUGUAUCAAACCCUUGUGCUAAUGGUGGAAGCUGCCAUGAAAUUUCAUCAGGCUUCAAAUGCCUUUGUCCAUCAGGGUGGAGCGGACCAACAUGUGCUGUUGAUAUUGACGAAUGUGAAUCUAACCCUUGUGCUCGUGGAGGGACCUGUGUUGAUCGUGUUAAUGGCUUUGAGUGUAUAUGUCCACAACAGUGGAUUGGAGCAACCUGCCAGCUUGAUGCUAAUGAGUGUGAGGGGAAACCCUGUCUUAAUGCUUACUCUUGCAAAAAUCUCAUUGGUGGAUAUUACUGUGACUGCAUUCCAGGAUGGAAAGGAGUAAAUUGUCAUAUCAAUAUUAAUGACUGUCAUGGACAAUGUGAACAUGGAGGGACUUGUAAGGAUGAAGUGAAUGGUUACCAUUGCUUAUGCCCUCAUGGUUAUCUAGGAAAAAACUGUGAGAUAGAAAUAAAUGAAUGUACAAGCAAUCCAUGUCAAAAUGGAGGACGCUGUGAGGACCUGGUCAAUGGAUUCCGUUGUCUAUGUCAGCAGGGCUUUGCGGGAUCUUUCUGUGAGAUGGAUAUUGAUUUCUGUGAACCUAACCCUUGCCAGAAUGGGGCUAAAUGCUAUGAUCUAGGAGGAGAUUAUUACUGUGCCUGCUCUGAUGACUAUGAUGGAAAGAAUUGUUCUCACCUCAAGGACCACUGCAAGAACAGUUCUUGCAAAGUAAUAGACAGCUGUACAAUAGAAGUAUUCACAAAUGCUACGCAGGAAGGUAUCCGUUUCAUUUCAUCUAAUGUUUGCGGGCCUCAUGGACGGUGCAUUAGUCAGCCAGGAGGGAAUUUUACUUGUGCCUGUGAGAGGGGUUUUACUGGAACGUACUGCCAUGAAAAUAUCAAUGACUGUCUUGGAAAACCUUGCAAGAAUGGCGGGACUUGCAUUGAUGAAGUAGAUUCAUUUAGGUGUUUCUGCCUAAGUGGCUGGGAAGGAGAAUUGUGUGACACAAAUUUUAACGACUGUUCCCCUAAUCCGUGUCACAAUGGAGGCCGAUGUAUUGACUUGGUGAAUGACUUCUAUUGUGAAUGUAAAAAUGGUUGGAAAGGCAAAACUUGCCAUUCACGUGAAUAUCAGUGUGAUGCCAAUACUUGUAGCAAUGGAGGAACAUGUUAUGAUGAUGGAGACACUUUUAGAUGUUCAUGUCCUCCAGAAUGGAAAGGGAGCACUUGCAACAUUGCUAAAAACAGCAGCUGUAUUCCUAACCCUUGCAUGAAUGGGGGAACAUGUGUUGGCAGUGGCGAUUCUUUUUCUUGCAUCUGUAAAGAAGGAUGGGAAGGACGUACAUGCACACAGAAUACCAAUGAUUGCAACCCCCAUCCAUGUUACAAUGGAGGCAUCUGUGUAGAUGGUGUGAAUUGGUUUCGAUGUGAAUGUGCUCCCGGGUUUGCUGGUCCUGACUGCAGAAUUAACAUUGAUGAAUGCCAGUCCUCCCCUUGUGCAUAUGGUGCCACCUGUAUAGAUGAAAUAAAUGGAUACAGGUGCACCUGUCCUCCUGGAAGAGCUGGCCCUAGAUGCCAAGAAGUGAUUGGUUUUGGAAAAUCUUGCUGGCUUAAAGGAAUGUCAUUUCCUCAUGGCAGCAGAUGGGAUCAAGAAUGUAACAACUGCCACUGUUUGGAUGGACAUAUUGACUGCACCAAGGUGUGGUGUGGGGGUAAACCAUGUUUAUUACAGAAAUAUCAGGAUCAUGCAAAUAAUUGGUGCCCCAUUGGUCAAGAAUGCCAAGAAAUAAUGUAUAUCAAAUGUUUUCAACCACCCUGUACCAACUGGGGAGAAUGCAGCACAUCAGAGCCUCUACCUGUCAAUAUCAAGUGUCCGCCUAGUUCUGGAUAUUUAGACAAUAAUUGUGCCAGAAUUACUUUAAUUUUUAACAGAGACAAGGUACCCCAGGGCACUACCAUUGAAAACAUUUGCUCUGAAAUUCGAUAUUUACCAGCCACUCGGAGUGUUUCUAGGGACAGGACUUUGAUAGUAUUGUGUGAUCUGUCGUACUCCACCGAGAAUGCAGUGGAAGUUGCUAUUUCUUUUAUCCCACACCAAGAUGAGCAAGAUAACAGUCUAAUACAGAACGCUGCUAAUACAAUAGUAAAUGCAAUCACCAAACGGCAAAACAGCACUGUUAUGCUGGCAGUUACUGAAGUCAAAGUAGAGACCAUAGUUGUUGGGCAUUCAUCAUCGGAUUAUCUGGUUCCAAUACUCUGUGUAGUUUUUAGUAUUGUAUGGCUGACUUGUAUAAUCAUCUGUGUGUGGUGGACUCGAAAGAGAAGAAAAGAGCGAGAGAGAAGUCGCCCACCUAGAGAGGAGAGUACCAACAACCAAUGGGCACCUUUAAAUCCCAUAAGAAAUCCUAUAGACAAACCUUACAGUAACAAAGACAUUCGUUAUGAAUGUAAAAAUUUUAUAUCUCCUCAAAAAAGAACUUGUGAUGCAGUGGAGGAGUAUGUAGAGUAUGAGGAAGAGGAGGAGGAGGAGGAGGAGGAAAGAGAGGUCAUGGAAAUGGACAAAUUCCUCACACACAAACUCGCAAUGCCUUUGUCAGCAAAGGCAUCUGACACGUCAGAGAGCAGUCCAGUAAAGAGAUCCCAUCAUAUAAGCAAAAUGGACAACAGAUCUGUAAAAAAUGUGAAUGCAUCAAACUUUGAAGGCGGUAGAGGCUAAGCUGUAUUCAGAACAUAGGCGUGCUGUGCCUACACUUAAUGGGGAGGGGGAAAUUGACAUCUCCACUUUGCAUCAAGGACUAAAAUAUCUGGAGUCAAAUGUUCAUAGUUUCUUUAUUUUGCGUAAAAAAAAAAAUUAAAUAAAUAAAAAUAAAAAUAAUAAUAAAAUAAAAAAGUUUAUUUUGUUUCUUUAGCCUUGUAUAAAUUAUUCAAUGACUGUCAGAUUUAAAAAAAAGAGUAAUCUUUGAUAGUUGCUAUUUUUGUAAAGUUUACUUGUAAUACACUCGCUGUAUGGCAGAGGAGAGAGGUUGUAUUUUCAAUAUGUGUAAAGUUUAUUACAAGAGACUGUACACUGUUUACAGAAUGUAUUUCUUUUUAUUACUUGCUCUAAUUUAAUGGUGGCUUUAAAACCUCCUGGUUGAGGAAAUUGUGUGAACUUAAACUGUUUCUUGACUUCAAAUCUCUAUUAAUGGCAGCUCACUGCACUUGUUACGUUAGUAGCUUCUGUAAGAUUUUUUUCAAAUUUGCCUUACACAUUUUGUAACAGGAACAAAAAUUAUAGAGAUCUUUCAACUGUGGUUUAAAAGUGGCCUUUUUUAUUUUUUGUUUUAAUUACUUUAGAAUUGCAGUAUUGAAGCAUGUGACAAGUGCCUUGAGAUUAAACUUUUUCUAUAGCAACUGUCAAAGACUGCCAUACCGAUAUAGUUAAAUUUUGAGAACUCUCAGUUUCCCUAACUGACAUGGUUUAUUUUGUAAUUGUGAAAAUGCUUCUUUUGUAAAUAUGUAUAUAUUAAAUGAAUCACUCUGUAUAUUUGAUUUAAUAACUUAAAAUAUUUUGGUCUUUUUUUACGUCAUUCCUUUUAAUUUAUGUUGCCGAAAGGGAGGUUUUAUGGCAGUUUAUAAAACUUUUUUUGUAUUAUGUCCAGAUUAGAAGAAGAUGUUAGUUGAUACAAUCAAUGUUAGGAAUCUGUUGGUCAUUUGUAUUUACAUUGGAACACAAUCAUUUUACGUGUAAAUAGGUCCAGAAACGUUUAUUUUACCCAAGUUCUUCCCAUCUCAAGAACACUAGAGGGUGCAUAUACUGUACAGUACAACAUAGCAAGGCAUUGUUUUUCUUUUGUGAAUGUUAAUUACAUGUGGUAUUACAUAUUUUUUUGCAUUUAAAUACAGGCCUAAUGAAGGGAACAAUAUUUUCCUCAUUCUUGUUUCUGUUGUGCUUAUUCAUCUAUCGCUCUAAGAAAAAGGUUGGCAAAGUCAGAAGAUGGAGUACCUCAAGAGAAAUGGUUGUUCGUAAUGGAAGGCUUGUGCAUUUUGUUUUUGACUUUUUAAAAGCUUUAUUAUUGCUAUAACUGGGCAAACUAUACUUUAUUUUUAAUUACUGGAAAAACAUAACACUACAUACGCUUAGUUACCUUACCAGUGAGAAAAGCGGAUGUUUAUCUGAAAGUAUAAACCCUGGCCAAUGAACAAUGUAAACAUGAAUGUUUUGAAACCAAUUAUUUUAUACAUGAACGCAGGAAUUGUUUUGCAGGAUCUUCUGUUUAGUACAUUUUGUUUGACAUGUUCUUAAAUAACUUUCAGAAGAAAACUAUUUAUUAAAGCAUUUUAUAACAAUGUUUGUUGUAACUUUUUUUACUUUGUGCUAAAUAUUCAAAACUUAUUUUGAUAACCUGGUUUAGAAGGUAGCUUUAGAAAGGGUACUAUCCUUCACAUGUUCCCCAGUAUAAUCCUAAGUAUUUAAACCAAAAAUACUUUUUCUGCUACCCUUGUAACUUUUUGUACUGUAAAUGCUGCUGUCUUCCAUAAUCUAAUAAAAUGAUUCCCUCAUUGUGUGUAA